AGAGUGUUUUGCUGAUAUCAAGACAUCAUGUCGAAUGUCUGUCUGGUUGUGAUUGAUGGCUGGGGUAUCACAGAUGACCCAAGAGGUAAUGCCAUCCUGAAUGCCAAAACCCCAGUCAUGGAUGAACUCCAGACGUCCCAUCAGUUCAUCUCCCUGGACGCCUCUGGCCACGCGGUCGGUCUGCCAGAAGGCCUGAUGGGUAACAGCGAGGUCGGUCACCUGACCAUUGGAGCUGGCCGUGCGAUGUACCAGAGUAUCGUUAAGAUAGACCUAGCCAUCAAGGAAAGGACGCUUUUCGUUCAGAAGGCUUACCUGAACGCUUGUCAGAGAGCCAAAGCGGGUAACGGCAGGAUGCAUUUGCUUGGUUUGGUAAGCGAUGGAGGAGUACAUUCUCACAUCAAUCAUCUGUUUGCUCUGCUUGGCGGUAUGAAGGAGGCUUGUGUUCCUCAGACAUUUGUUCAUUUCUUUGGUGAUGGCCGUGACACAAGCCCCACCAGUGCUGUGAAGUACCUGAAACAAACCCAAGACUACCUCGCUGAACUACAAUAUGGCUCCCUAGCAACGGUCAUGGGUCGUUACUAUGCAAUGGAUCGAGACAAGCGAGAUGAGAGGAUAAAGGUUGCCUUUGAGGGCUUGGUGCAGGGUAUUGGUGAAGCCACAACCAAAGAAAAUGUUAUUCAGUUGGUGCAAUCUCGUUAUGACAAGGAGGGCAGUGAGAGACAGACGGAUGAGUUCUUGACACCCAUCAUCGUCGAUAAGGAAGGAUGCAUUCGAGAUGGGGAUACUUUGAUGUUUAUUGACUUCAGGGCAGAUCGCAUGAGGCAGAUUGUUGAAGCAAUGGCCAUCGAGCGCAAGUUUGAGACGAGCGUCGUCCCCCAAAAUAUCAGUGUGACUUGUAUGACUGAAUACAAAGAAAGCUUCAACCUUCCAGUCAUCUUUCCACCUGAAAAGGCUAAGAACGUCUUGGCAGAAUGGUUAUCAGCAAAGGGCAUACCACAGUAUCACUGCGCAGAGACUGAAAAGUAUGCUCAUGUCACCUUCUUCUUCAACGGUGGUGUGGAGAAGCAGUUUGAUGGGGAGGACAGGAAGUUGGUCCCUUCACCCAGGGUCGCGACCUAUGACCUCAAACCAGAGAUGAGCGUUCAAGGGGUUGCAGACGAGGUAGCAGCUACAGUCAAAUCAAAGCGUUACCCGUUUGUGAUGUGUAACCUCGCCCCUCCUGAUAUGGUCGGACACACUGGAGUCUAUGAGGCCACCAUCAAGGCUUGUGAAGCAACAGAUGCUGCCAUUAAUACCAUGAAGAAUGCUUGUCAAGAGAGUGGCUAUGUCCUCCUAGUGACAGCUGAUCAUGGCAAUGCAGAGGUCAUGCUUGCCCCAGAUGGUAGCCCAAGUACAAAACACACAACAAUGAGAGUACCUUUCUCCAUGUACAACUCUGGGAAGAAGUACAUUGACCCUUCCCACAAUGCAUCACUCCAGGAUGUAGCACCGACAGUACUCAAGCUAAUGGGUCAUGACAUCCCAGCUGAUAUGACGGGCCAUUCGCUCGUACAAUGAGAAAGGCAUUGAACCCGCAACCUGCUGAAUGAAGUGUACGCCAUAGACACAUUUUUUUUUUUUUAAAUGAAGAAAAUGUAUUUAUUACACAUGCUAUCCUUGAAUAUUUUCAAGGCUAUGUUAUUGAGAAGGUCAGCCCCAGAUGUGAUUUUGUGAGCUUCCUGUAUGAUUGUGGAAUGAUUUGCUUUAGCGAACGGGAUGUUUGAUACAUGCAUUUCUCUCAACUUUUGUAUUACAAAUCAGUGAUACUGCAUAUGAAGUGAACAAUUAGUAUGGCAAUAGUAUGUGUAUUUACUGUUAGAGAAGACCUAUAUUAAAGAUCAUUGAAAUACAGAAAGCUGCCAAA